AACCCAGAUUCCUUCUAUGACAACAAACCGGGUCCAUUUUGUGUAGCGCGUCCCCUAAGUUUUAAAACCUGAAGGUGACCCAAGGCUGAACAGUUUAAUUUUGGACAGUACAUGUAUUUUAGGGAACAUGGAUAAUGCUUAUCAAAAUGAUCCACAGUUAGACGACUUACAAGUGCUAGAACAGCUCUUGAAUGCCACACAACAACAAGAACAAGAACAACAACAACAGCAACCAAUAGUAACUAUAUCACCGCAGCAUUUCAGAACACCAGCACCACCAACUGCACAAACGUUUAUGCAGCCACAGAGAGCUCCACAAGUCCAGCGUCCAUUUUUAGAGAUUGUUGAACAACCUAAACAACGGGGUCAAAGAUUUCGGUACUUGUGUGAAGGCAGGUCAGCAGGAAGUUUACCAGGAGAACACUCUACUCAUGACCACAAAACAUUUCCUUCUGCCAGGUUAAGGAAUUACAACAAAGAAGCAAUGGUUGUUGUUUCCUUGGUGACGAAAAAUGAACCAUAUAUGCCUCAUCCACAUAGUCUUGUGGGGAAAGGUUGUGCAAAAGGGAUUUGUACAAUGAAAGUUUCAACGGAUACAAAAAUGGAAGCUUCUUUUCAAAACUUGGGUAUUCAGUGUGUGAGGAAAAAGGACAUUGCAGAAGCUUUGCAGAAACGAAAAGAGCUUGGAAUUGACCCUUAUGGAAUGUUUCAGAAAGGCCAAAAGUUCUCUGUCGAAGACUUUGAGUUAAAUGUUGUCCGGUUGUGUUUUCAAGCUUUUCUUCGAGAUCCCAAAGAUCCAAAUGGCAGAUUUAUCAUUCCAGUAUCACCAAUUGUAUCCCAUCCAAUUCAUGAUAAAAAGGGUACAUCGCUGAACAUAGCGCGAGUUGACAGGACUUCAGGAAGUGCGUCAGGAGAAGAUGAAGUGUUUAUUCUUUGUGACAAAGUACAAAAAGAUGAUAUUGAAGUUUGUUUUAGUCAUUCUCCAUCUGAUUGGGUAGGGAGAGGCCAAUUUGGAGCCAAUGACGUACAUCGCCAGGUUGCGAUUGUUAUAAAAACGCCGCCAUUUAAAACAAAAGAUAUUAAAGAGCCUGUUAUUGUGCAAAUGUUUUUAAAAAGACCUUCAGAUUUAGAAGAAUCAGACCCGAUUGAUUUUCUUUAUACGCCGGUUGAUCCAGAUGUCCAAGGUGUCUCUGCAAAGAGGAAACGGAAAGUAGCGCAUUUUGACAGUUAUCUUGAUAAUUCACAACAGUUUGUUAAAAAUGAGCCUCUGAUUAUGCCAGGUACUUCUGGUGGAGCCAUUAGUAAUGUGAAACCACUAGGUGCAAAAGAAAGAUUGAAAAACAAGUUAAAAAUCAAGCAAGAAAAUGGUUCCCGGUCCCAGUGUGUUGGAAAUACAGCAGCAGAAGCAGCAGCAUAUCAAGUGCCGUCACAGUCAGCGUCCUCUCUAUCAUUUAGCACAGUUUCAAGCACAAAUUUUGGCAACACGUUUGUUGCACCUUUUACACAGCCAGCUGCAACAACGAGUACAACAACAGUAUAUCAUGAGCAGAGUAGCGCUGUGGCGGCUGCCACCAAUAACGCACACAUGAAUGAUUUAGAGUUUAGCGAACUACUUCAACCAACGUAUAAUAUGACUGAAGAGGAUCUGGGUAUUCACGAAACUCUGUUAGCUGCACUAGGAAACUCAAAUGUAAUGGUGCCUGAAAGCGUCAAUGAUUCUUUAUCGUUACCAUACUGUAAUAGUGUAGAACUGUCAACUCCUGCUGUUAUAGGCGAUGAUGAUCCUGACCUUUUCUCCACUUUAAACACUGGUGACAUUGCCGUUGAAAAUAUGGAAGAAUAUUUGCAGUAAUUGAUUUAAUUCACAAAUCAGUUGACAACAGAAAACAAUGAAAAAAAAAACAAAUUGUAUAUAUAUCUGUGAUGUGUGCCAGUUAUUUAAACUUCCCUGCUUUGAUUUUAUCACUCUUUCCUUGAGCAGUGAGUGUUUCAGUUUUCUGGAAAGUUCAUUUAAUGCAAAUGAGGAUAGAACUAUUUAUUUCUAUGCAAAUUAGCUGUUUGCAUUCCACCAGUGUUGUAAUUUUUAAUUUCAUUUACUUUCUUUUAAAACUAAUUACUGCUUUUUACAUCUGUAGGUAAACCAUACAAGUACAACUCAUCAAGAAACAUAAACUGAAAAUCUGCCUACAGACGCAGUAUUUGUUUAACCCAUUACUGUAAACACAGUAUUUUGUCUAAUUAAAAAGAUUGUGCUAACAAAUAAAAAAGUAAUAUAGAAAGGCAUCUAGUUAUCACAGAAUUUAUCAAUCUUUCGUAACUUGAUUGAUUCUAGGCAGCGGCUAACUGACUGCUAAAUAAGUAAGUUUUCAUCUGCUCUAGCUAGGAUGAAAAAGUUUUAAAAUUUUAAUAGCAGUGUAUUUUUCAUUGUUAAUAAGUGAGCCAGGAAACCUGUAUAUACCCCGGUAUAGAAACAUGUAUAUAAAUAUACAAAUGUACUAAGUAUUGUCUGUUUCCUCGAGUACCAACAGCUUUUUGCAUUAGAGCAUCAAUUUCUUUGUCAUGACAGGGACUGCUAGAAGUUUUAUCUCAAUUGAUACCUCUUUUAAUUAUACACUAGUUGGAGCAGUGUGGAGAUUUGAGCAGAGGACGGAUAAGAUAAAGAAGAGAAGUUAAAUAACACUUUUAUUUGUCUGAAAAGUGAACAUUAGUGUGUCAUGAGAAAUUUUAACGUCGUUGAUUGACCUAUGAUUCCUAUGAUGGAUUCAUAUGUACGUACGUAUAUUGGUAUAAUUGCAAUUUUUAAAGCAUUUUUAUGCUAAGUAUGUUUUUUUUUUCUUGUAAAAAUUCAGAGAAUAUUUUACCUUAGGCUGUAAAUAAAUCUUGCUUUGAAAGUUUC